CAUGCGCGGUUCCUCUUUGUGGCCCUUCUCUUGGUGCUUGUCUGGUCUUCAAGGACCCAUUCUAGCAGCAAAUUCAGGCGUAGGACUGUUAGGCAAACUACUCAUUAAAAAGCAUUUGUUAGGCUGCACUACUUAUUAUCGACAGACAUUGUCAGAUAGGCACAGAUCACCCAGGGCGUCGACUGGUCAACAAGCAGAGCAUCCAUUCAUAUUUUCAUUGGCAGCUGAGGUUUUCCAGUCUAGCUAGCUAGCGUUAGCCAAGAGGCAGGGGACAGUUGUGUCAGAGGCAUCUUCAAAAUGUCGGGUUACCAAGGAAAGAAGAACAUUCCACGAAUUACAAGUGACCGUCUCCUCAUCAAAGGAGCAAAGAUAGUGAACGAUGAUCAGUCAUUCUUGGCUGAUAUCUACAUGGAGGAUGGAGUCAUCAAGCAAAUAGGAGACAACCUCAUUGUUCCCGGGGGAGUUAAGAUCAUAGAGGCUCAUGGGAGAAUGGUGAUGCCCGGGGGUAUUGACGUGCACACCCGAUUCCAGAUGCCUGACCGAGGCAUGGUGGCAGCAGAUGACUUCUACCAGGGCACCAGAGCGGCCCUGGCUGGGGGGACUACUAUGAUCAUUGACCACGUGGUGCCGGAGCCUGGCAUCAGCCUGGUUGCAGCUUUCAAACAGUGGAGGGAGUGGGCUGAUAGCAAGUCCUGCUGUGACUAUUCUCUGCAUGUGGACAUCACCGAGUGGAACAAAGGCACUCAAGAAGAGAUGGAGGCCCUAGUGAAGGAUCAUGGUGUCAACUCUUUCCUGGUCUAUUUGGCUUAUAAGGAUGUUUUCCAACUUUCUGACUCUCAGAUCUAUGAGGUGUUCAGUGUCAUCAGAGAUCUUGGAGCCAUUGCACAGGUCCACGCUGAGAAUGGAGACAUAAUUGCAGAGGAGCAGAGACGUAUUCUAGAGCUGGGGAUCACUGGCCCUGAAGGCCAUGUGCUUAGCCGCCCAGAGGAGGUGGAGGCUGAGGCGGUCAAUCGCUCUGUCACCAUAGCCAAUCAGACCAACUGUCCCCUCUACAUCACCAAGGUGAUGAGCAAGACUGCUGCGGAUGUCAUUGCCCUUGCCAGGAAAAGGGGUGCUGUGGUUUACGGAGAGCCCAUAUCUGCCAGCUUGGGCACAGACGGAACUCAUUACUGGAGCAAGAACUGGGCCAAGGCGGCAGCCUAUGUCACUUCUCCACCGCUCAGUCCUGAUCCUACCACCCCCGACUACCUCAACUCUCUGUUGUCAUGUGGGGACUUGCAGGUGACUGGUAGCGCUCACUGCACUUUCCAGACUUCUCAGCGUGCAGUAGGCAAAGAUAACUUCACCCUAAUCCCAGAGGGAACCAAUGGCACUGAGGAGAGGAUGUCCCUAAUCUGGGACAAAUGUGUGGUGACUGGCAAGAUGGAUGAGAACCAGUUUGUGGCAGUGACCAGCACAAACGCAGCCAAGAUCUUCAACCUGUUCCCCCGCAAGGGCCGCAUCGCUGUGGGGUCUGAUGCCGACCUUGUGUUGUGGGACCCUGAUUUCACUAAGAUCAUCUCAGCUAAGAGCCACAACCUGGCUGUGGAGUAUAACAUCUUUGAGGGCACAGAAGUGCGUGGAGGUCCUGUGGUGGUGAUCAGCCAGGGCAAGAUUGUGUUGGAGGAGGGCAGCCUUCACACCACGGAGGGCUGUGGACGCUACGUCAGCCGUAAACCCUUCUCUGACCAUGUGUACAAGAGGAUAAAGGCUCGCAGCAGGCUCACAGAGUUGCGAGGAGUCCCCAGGGGCCAGUAUGACGGGCCAGUGUGUGAGGUGACUGUGACUCCCAAGGUGAUGUCCACAGUCUCCUCAGUGAAGACUUCCCCUGCCAAGCAGCAGCAGCAGCAGCAGCAACAGCAGUCUACUCACCAGCCAGUACGCAACCUUCACCAGUCUGGCUUCAGUCUGUCUGGUGCCCAAAUUGAUGACAACGUUCCUCGUCGCACCACUCAACGCAUCGUGGCUCCUCCCGGUGGAAAAGCCAACAUCACCAGCCUCGGCUAAGCUCUUUUCUCAACUGAGAACGGGGUAGCAGGGCAACAUGGGACCAGAGGGCCACUCUUACAGCUGUCACAUCACAUCUGGUCACCUCUGACUCCCCUUGCACUCCACCCAAAAGCACUCCAUCCGUUCUUAUUCACACACUACCACGAUGUCACCUCAUGCAAAAAAAAGAAGGCACUAUUCCAUUUUGUUUCAUCUUUCCUGCCAUAUUCCAUCGUCAUGGAAGGUUCAAGUGAAUUGAAGCAGAGUUUUUGCUGUUUUUAAGCCCAGUUUGAUUAUUGAUGAAAUUAAUUUGUUUACAUUUUUUUGUAUAAUUUUUGUUGUACAUGUUUGAGUUGUUUAGUUGCCCUCUUGGCUCAGAAAGUUGACAGAAAACUAGUCCCAAGAAGCGGUCAGUUUCAUGAGCGGGCAUUUUAGAAACUGCACGUGUUUACAAUUUUUCUUAAUGCGCUGUUCAUUUCCCAGUUAGGAUGUGCUGGUGGUCGUGUUACAGUGCCACCUUCAGUUGAAAGUAAAGCCUCCAACACUGUUACAUUGUAAGAUUGCUUUUUUUUAGUACAAAAAUGUUCCCAAACUCAAAACACUAAUCAUGAACGAUUAGACUGUAGAAUAUAGUUUGUGCUUCUCAUAACACCUAAUUUUAUCUGAAGUUUGCAGUAUUUAAUUUUUGUGUAGGUACCGUGUGCAGCUGAACAAUUUGGUCUUCCUUGUGUGUUUAUAGUUACACUUUUAUAAAAUCGAUGUUUUAUGUUUUUAUUGUGUUAAGCCAUUUUGAAAAGCACUGACUGCACUGAAAGGAAAAGAAAGGGUAUUUUAGGGUUAAACCACUCAUUCAACUUCUCCCUGAAUAUGGGGGGAGAAACAGCUGGCACAUACCAUUUUGUCUGAGAAACAUGAACUUUUUCAUUCAUUUCAUCAUUUUGUUGUUUGUUAAGAGGUUGUCAGGGCAACAAGCUUCCAAUAAUCAGACCGGUGUAUAUUGUUCACAAUACAGAAAGACACUACAAAGAAGCUGGAUGGGAGAUUUGCAGACAACCUCUCUGCACCUGGUGCUAUAUGACCUUUGCUGUAAUAUGUGCAGAUGAUGUCCACAUCCACACAGCAGUCGUGUAAGCUUUGUAAUAACAGCAGCCAGAGUGGAGUCAUCAUUUACCCAGUUUUGACAGAAUUUGUUUUGCACCUGUAACAAUCCAAAUGGUAAAAAUGUAUGUGAGCUUGCAACUUUUUAUUUGUAUUGGAUAUGUCUGUAUGUUUUAGGAUAUUUGUUGAAUUGAACUACUUGCCUGCCUGUUCUGUAAGAUAUUGAUAGCACACUGUAUCUAUGAAGGCUCUUUAAAGAAGUGGAACCCUGAUCUUUGAGACCUGAUGAAAAAUGCUUCAGUAUGUAUAUGAAAUCCCUCACAGCGUGCUGAUGAUGUGUCCACUGUUCUCGGUGUUAGUGUUGUGAAUGAAUUACAAAAAAUCCUGUUUUUCUUCUCUUACCCCUCUACCUGCCCCAGCGUUGUUCACACCAGAUUCACUCGAGAUAGUUACUGUAUUCCACAAUGCAAACCACAAUGGGUUGACAGUUUUGCGGCACUGUGCAGCCAUACUGUAAAACACUGGAUUAUUUCUUCCUCAUUGCCUUGUCAAGUGUAGGUUUUGUAUGCCAAGCUAUAAUGUGAAGUGAUUUACAUUUGGGGAAGUUUCUUGGUAAUGGUUAUUGAGUUGUGAUGUUGAGCACUGUUUUUGCCCCUCUCCCAGCAAGUGUGAUACUCUCUCAGUCAUGUACGUUUUGUAGGAUACAAGGGUUUUGGGGGGGGGAAUCAUCGGUCCUGUCAGCAUUUGACCCUAUCUGUGUUGACUUCAGUGGAUUAAAAUAAUAAAAAUGAAA